AGUCACGGCGCCGCCGCGGCGUGCAGGCAGUGCCGUCCGCGGCUCAGUGCAGAGUGCACGGCCGGGCGCUCAGGGACGCCCGCCGUUCGCUGCAGUCCCGGUGCAGUAUCGGCCGGAGCGCCAGCCCCGGCGGGCGGACCGUGUCUCUCGCGGUGACCGGUGUUGAAUCACAUUUCUCUCAGUGGUGGAAGCGAGUAGGACUGUGUUUUUCUCAGUGUUUUGAGCGGGUCGAACCGUGCCUGGCUUCGAGCCUCUUUCGGUGACCGGAGCGGUUUAGGGCCGAGCCCGUCUCUUGGCGAAGGUAGGGGGUCGGACAGUCCCUCCCACGCCUCCCUAGCAGUCUAUGCGUCAUGGUCGGGCUCCGGAGGACAAUGCUCGCCCUGGCGGUGACGCAGCUGGCCCUGACCGCUGCUGAGGUCCGCCAACAGAGUGACGAGGCCGGUCCGGAGCUGAUCUGCUACUACGGCUCCUGGGCACGGCUCCGGGAAGGCGAUGGCCGCGUCACCAUCGACCAGCUGGACCCGUCCCUCUGCACCACUCUGGUGUUCGCCUUCGCCCGGCUGGACGACCGCCACUGGACGCUGCUACACUCGCUGCCCGACCGGCUCCUCUUCUACCGGCAGCUGACCGGGCUGCGCCGCCGUCACCCGCAGCUCCGCGUCGAGCUCGCCGUCGGCGGCUGGAACGACUCGCACAGUGCCGACUACGCCACGAUGGCCGCCAGCGGCGCCGGGCGCGCCGCGUUCGCCGCCAGCGCCGCCGCCGCGCUGGAGAUGUACGGCUUCGACGGCCUCCACCUGGACUGGGAGUUUCCAACGGGACAGCGGCAGCGGCGCGACUUCACGGCGCUGCUGGCGGAGCUGCGCGCCGCCCUGGAGCCGCACCGGUACAGACUCAGUGUGGCCGUGCCCGCCGGACCGUACCAGGCCCGCACUUCAUUCGAGAUGGGCGCCGUGGCGCGGCUGGCCGACCGGCUCCUGCUCAUGGCGUACGACCUCCACGGCGGGUGGACGCCGACCGCCGCCGACCACCACGCGCCGCUGCGGCCGCGCUCCACCGACUUCAGCGGUCUGGACGCCGAGACGGCGGUGCGUCUGUGGCGCUCGGCGGGCGCCUCCGCCCGGCAGAUCGUGCUGGGAGUGCCGCUGUACGGCCGCGGCUGGGUGGUGGAGGAGGUCGGACCGCCGCCACUGGAGGCCAAGGGGGUGGCGCCGCCCGGACCGCUCACCAAGGAGAGGGGCGUCCUCAGCUACCUGGAGAUCUGCUCCAAAGUACAACAACGCGGCUGGACGUCACAACAGCUGCUGGACGAGGGUCGGCCGUUCGGCUCGGCAGCCGUCGGCGACGGUCAGUGGUUCGGAUACGACGACGAGCACAUGGUCAGAGAGAAGGCCCGACUGGCCACGGAGCUCGGACUGGGGGGCGUGUUCGUCUGGGACAUCGCCCAGGACGACGUCAGGGGACUGUGCUCGCCGCGGCCCUUCACCCUGACCUCCAUCAUCAAGGAGACGUUGUCCAACCUGACGGAGCGAGCGGUGCCGGAGGAGAGGGCUCCCUCCGUCCCGCUGGCCUCUAACAGUCUCACAGAGACGAACUGAGAGAGGCAGAAGUGCUGCCGGAGAGGGCUCCCUCCGUCCCGAUGGAUUCCAACAGUCCAUCCAUUCUAACAGCCUCACAGAGACGCGCUGAGCCGGGUAGAACUCCCGCCGACCUUUACAGACAUUCUCAGCCCGCACUGGAAGCAUAGUGUCUCGUAUGUACUCAUCGUUAUCACAAAUACAACAUCACGCUUAGUUAGACUCCGGCCGUGUUUAUGUGUACUACUAUCGUUACUCAAGUCAAAUUGCAAGGCUCUAGCAUUCCGUGGCCCCCAGAAUCCACAAAAAUCCUGGCUGUGACGACUGCUGCAGCAGCAGUGAAACCCGGCGUCAGUCGAGUGUGGCGACCCUCCCACCCCAGUCGCUCUCCCGUCCCGGCGACCCUCCCGUCCCGGCCAGGAAAGUCGGUACUCGGCAGAUCAGUAGACUGGCAGUCGGCCCGUGACCGGCGACCAGUCGCCUGUUCAGUCUCUGUCAGCCAGCGACCCUCCGAUCGGACCCCGCAGUGAAAGGUGCCUAUCGGUUGGUUUGGUAAUCUGCAAACUGCAACCAUGGAACUGGUCGGCCGGGCGGGCAUUGAUCCAUCCCGAAAGCAUGGCCGUGUCUAUCGAAGAUUAACAAUCACAAUAUUCCAAGCUGAUUUUAAUCACACUGUGGUAACGACGGCUCAAAGAAUACGCGACCGAUUCAAUCUGAAAAGACGGUUCAGAGCUCAAACUAUAUGCGUAUAUUUGCCACAGCAGUAAAACAACCUCAGCUAACAGCGUAACAACUCAGCGCUGCCAUUGCACAAUGCUCAAAGCCGGCCCUCAGAGCCGCCAGAUUAUGCUGAAUUUAACACCGCAAACCCGCCAACCUACUCGCCGGGUCCCCUUGUGCAUAUGAUCGCGGAAGCCAAUCUCUAUCACCAAAGGAAUAAUGGAAGUCCGAUUGACUUGCACUAAUUUAACAAGUGAUAAUAUAUAAUAUAUCGUGUGGUAUAAAUAAAAACAACUCAGAUAACACACUAAUCUUAUUUAUAAAAUAAGCUAUUUAAAAAUAAGGCGAUUUGAUCAAAUCACAAGCGGAUCACUAAAAUAACGCAAGGCACACUCCCCACUCCAAAGCCAUAAAUAUCCACCUGAGACGAAGCGACGGGCCAGCCACCGUAAUAGAGCGCCCCCACCACCGGCCCCACACAGCACGCGCUGACCCCAGGUCAUGUCACGGGUCACCCACGGCCGUCCGUGCCGCCCGCCGGCCCGCACCAAACGGCCGAGACGGCACGGGCCCCUGGAUAAACACUGGACCCCGCGCACACACAAACUAGCGGUCCAGCAAUCAGCAGCCUGCUGGAACAGUGCCUACACACAAUGCACUUGCAUAUAAGGCUAAAUACUUCAAUAUCAGCAGCGAAUUCGUUGGCCCACAACCAUCCUAGUAAAGCUGGAAAUAAAGCCCGGACGCACCGGCGGCUGAGAAAAGCACCGACUCAGCGGAAUAAUACUUCAGCACCCCGCUGAGCUAAUUCAGCACAGACAGCCGUCCAUGAGCCCAACUGUGCGCUAAACUGGCGUUAAAUACAGCAGCAGCUGCUACAAUACUCUGAGCGAGACUCGGGACCCUGUCAGCUAGAUCACAGACCUAACGUGGACCCACACGAUCCUCUAACUCUUCUGCUAACCAAGGGCGUAACGACCUCCGGUCCCGAGCUCCUCUGGCCCUUCUAUCAGCCACCGGGCACGCUCACACGUCCGUCUCCUUCUCGGAUCGUGUCGGGAGGGCCGCAGCCGCGACCGGGGGCCGCUCGCCACCCGCCUCCGUAAAGUAGGACCUCAGUCUCAGACUAUCCUCAGUUAGCGGCCCGUUCGGGGCGCCUCCUCCCGCGCCGGCUCUGGGCUCCGGCAGUUUGGUCGUCUCCAGGAAUCGGUCCACGGCCGCGGCGGCAUCUCCGUCGGCGACGGGACGCCAGCCGCCGUUGGAAACGCCGUCAGAGCUGGGGAUAGUUCGCUCCGGAGACGAAGGUGCUGACGGCGAUGAAGGUGGAAGCGAUGCUGGAGUGAUAUUCGGUGACGAGGCUUCUGCCACCGGAGGUACGUUGUGUUCCGAUGAAGAUAUGAAAUACUCUGGUGGUGUUACUGUGUGCUCCAGUGACGCGAUCGGGUGGACUAGUGGCGAUACGCUGUGUUCCGGUGACGCUGAAUUUUGCUCGGAUGACGUCACUGAGUAUUCUGGUGACGUCACUGAGUGUGUUGGUGACGUCACUGAGUGUCCCGGUGACGCUGUUGCCGAUGAUACCACCGAGUGUCCUGGUGUUGGUACUGAGUGUCCAGAUGACGGCACCGUGUGCUCCAUGCUGUGCUCCGGUGAUACAUUCCCGUUAGUGC